AAAGUAAGAAUCACAAGAAAUGAUUUCUGGUCUGUUUUUGGGGAAAACUGGAUGUUUCUUGACAUCGGAGGUCACCAGACCCUAGAAAGGGAUUGGAGAAAUCAUUUGGUGGAAAAGCUUUUCAUAGAUAAUGAAGGUCAUCACUGUCUGGAAGCCCUGAACCAAAUUACAGAUUUUACUGUGCAUAAAGGAUAUUGGCCUGGAAUUCAGCCCUGUAAAUGCACUAAGUGUGGAAAAGCCUACAGGGGUUGUUCUUUCCAAAAUCAGCAGAGAUCUCUCCCUGGAUACAGACAUUAUCCAUGUGAGGAAUGUGGGGAAGCCUGCAGCUGUGUCUCAUGCCUAAGCCCUCCUAGGGGAACAGACAUUGUAGAGGAACCUAAUAAAUGUCAGGAUGCUGGGAGAACAUGUAAGAGAUGCGUGAAGAGUCAUGGUAGUAAAUGGUCUUCAGAUUGUAAGAAAUCUGGAAACGCUCUCGCUUUUUCCUCAUCCUUUAAGGGACAUGAGAGAGGUCAGCAUGGACAGAAAACUCACAUGUGUAAAGUCUGCGGGAAAUCCUUUACCUAUCAUCCGUACCUUGCACGGCACUUGAGAACUCACACUGGAGAAAAACACUGUGAGUGUGAGGAUUGUGAGCAAGCCCUCCAAUAUUCCUCAUCCCUGGUUGGACAUAUGAUGAUACACACCACUGACAAACCUUAUGUGUGUAAGAAAUGUGGGAAAUCCUUCAGUUGUCCCAAAUACUUCAGAAGACACAUGAAAACACACAGCGGCAUGAAACCCUAUGAAUGCACAGAAUGUGGCAAAGCCUAUAGCUCCUCCUUAUCCCUCAGGGAACAUGCAGGAACACACAGUCAGGAGAAGCCCUAUGAAUGCCAGCACUGCGGGAAAGCCUUCAAGCAUCAGAGAUAUUUUAAAAAGCACGUGAGGAUGCACAGUGGAGCAAAGCCUACAGCUGCUCCAUGUCCCUCCGGGAACAUGAGAGAACACACACGGGGGAGAAGCCCUUUGGAUGUCCACUCUGAGGAAAAGCCUUCAUGCGUCACGCCUCCCUUCGUGGACACCUGAGGACACAUAGCAGGGAGAGAGCCUACACAUGCAUGCAGUGCCAGAAAGCUUUCCAUUAGCCCUCCUCCUUAAGGAAGCAUGUGCGAAUGCACAAUGAGGAGAGGCCCUACGCAUGUCAGCAGUGUGGGAAAGCUUUUUGGUCCCCCACAAACCUGCGAGGACACAUGAGGACACACACCGGGGAACAACACUGAACACCAGGCCUCUGGGAGAGACUUCAUUUUCACUUCAGACUUGGAAUGUGAGCAGUGCCCUGAAGCAGAACCUUGUGAAUGGGACACUGUGGGAAAACCUUCAGCUCUUCACUUAUUUCAUACACAAAAACUCGGGGUGUGACAGAAAUCUCUUAAUGGAUAUAAAUAUGGUUUUCCCUUCCUAAGUGCCUCAUCCUCAAUAGGGAUCCCAGGGUAUUCAUUUCUAGUUCACGUUGCUAAUCUGAACACUUAAGACAAUGGAUACCAUAUCUGUGUUCUUCACAGUAAUCAGUAAUUGUGGAAGGUCUUGAAAGGCCUUCUGCCUUGCCUGGGAAUGUUUGUAAUAUGGCCUCUUCAUUGUCCUUGACCUCGGUUAGAAAUUGGACACAAAACACUGAGUUAAGAAGAAUGACUUGUUGGCAUGGAGAUGAAAGCUGAUGAUUCUACUGAACUGUGUUGUCAUCUUGGGUAAGGUGGGAAACUGUAUAUCCAGAGUCCUUCUGUUAGUGAUUCUGAGUUAAAGUUCUUGAGAAGAGGAAGAUGCAUGAAGUCUGGAGCUGAAGUGAGGAAGCCAUGAUUCUUAGCUCUUCUGUACCGUCAGGAGACAGAGCUGCAGGGCAGCCUGGUGGCCUGAGCUUCAACACUGCUUUCUCACUUCUGGCUCUGCCUGUGUGGAACAGCCCCGGUCAGACACAUGUUUGAUGUUAGUUCCUGCUGGGCAGCAGCGUGGACUCUGCUCAGCAAUGUAGACAAGGCUGCUCAUCAUGGGUCCUCUUUGGUUUUCAGGUUCACACAUUUCCCUGCAUGUUCCUGUGGCUCUUUGGGGUCCAUCAGGCCACUUCUUCAGGCUUCAGAAGAUCCCUCAGUGAUUUUCUCAUAUCCUGUGAUCCUCUUCACUUCCAAGGAUUCUAAUUACAUGAUUUUUGUGGGAAACAUCUUGUUCCUCUAAUAGGGGAUGUUUCCUUCUUCCACCAUGGCAGAUGUAAUAUUGCAGCCACAGAUGCAGGAAACCUGCUCCCCUAGUUGCGUUAUGAGAGGCUGUAAUGACCCUGCAUUUCUUGUUCCUCAAUACUUCCAAGACUGAGAUAAGCUCCUGUGAAUAUAUAUAGCAGUUUGUGGCGUUUUCUUUUACAGGGGUCUGCUCUGUAAAUGAUUAGCCCAGUAUGUUUAAUUAGUCCAUUUUUAUAUGUGAUUUCCCGUUGCUUUAUAUGUGAUCACCCAGGAUGAUUUAAAACAAUGUGCAUUGAAAAAUCAAGUUCAGGAACUUCUCUGGUGGGCCAGUGGCUGAGAUUCUGAGCUCCCAAUGCAGGGGGCCUGGGUUCGAUCCCUAGUCAGGA